AUGCGGCACGACGGGCGGCUCCCGGGGGUGCUGGUAGCUGUCACCAAAGGGCUCCUCAUCCUCUGGGCAGUGCCAGGCCAAGGGGGGCGGCCCCCCACCCUGCAGCAGAUCCAGGCACUGGUGAGGCACAUGGCUGAAGACGCCCAGGAGCUCUUCACCUUCUAUGAGAAGAACCAGGGCUUGGCCAUCAAUCAUUUGUGCCGCAACAACCACCCGCCUGAGUGGCUGCGGGGACCAGAGACAGUGCCCAGGGGGCUGCAGGAGCUGCGGGGGCUGCGGGGGACCAUGGUCCGCAUGGCCCAGGCGCUGCAGGACAUCACCCGGCACCAGCGCGACCUCAACCCCCCCGGCGCCGAAAUCCUGCGCCGCUUGGCCAGCACCCACCUGAAGGUGCGGGGGCUCCUCAACAACCUGGAUGUGCUCUACCCAACCCCCAGCCCCCGCCCCGGCCGCCAGCCCCCGCCCAGCCCCGCAGCACCCGCCAAGGUCUUCCAGAAGAAGCUGGAGGGGUGCCAGAUCCUCUGGAGCUUCUCCCGCUUGAUGGCCAAGCUCAGCUCCCAGCUGGAGGGCAAGAACCGCCGAGCGCGCCGGGACAGGCAACGAGGGCGCCGGGGCUCACGGCUGCCCAGGCGCUCCUAG